CUCCUUGUGCCCUAGCUAACAACCAUGUCCCGAAAGAAGGUGAAGCUUGCCUACAUCCAAAACCACACGACUCGAAAACUAACAUUCAAAAAAAGAAAGAAGGGUUUUAUGAAGAAGAUGAGCGAAAUCACUACCCUUUGUGAUGUUGAGGCAUGUGCUAUCGUUUAUGGACAGAACGAUACUCAGCCUGAGGUUUGGCCAUCCCCUUCUGGAGUACAAGGCACUUACGCGAAGUUCAGGACAAUGCCCUCAAUGGAGCAAACCAAAAAGCAGCUGAACAUGGAGACUUUUCUGAGGCAGCGGAUUGACAAGGCAAAGGACCAGCUGAGGAAACAGAAGAAGGAGAACCGGGAGAAAGAAAUGUCAAUCCUGAUGAGCCAGUGUCUAACAGGGAGGUCCCUACACGAUCUGAGCAUGGGGGAUUUGACUGACUUAGGGUGGGUGGUUGACCACAAAGUGGAGGAUAUCAAUAGAAAGGUGAAGAAAGUGCAUGACGAGUUGGCUUGGAACGGGAGCAAUCAAGUCCAAGUAGUACCAACACAGCCGCCACCACCAGCGAUCAGUGUUGGAACGAUGAACAUGCAACAAACUCAGUCUCAAGCUGCACCGAUGGAGAUGAUGACCCUGCAAGACCAGCAGCCGCAACAGCAGAUGGGAGCAAUUGGAGCAAACACCGGGGACGACUUUCUGCCCUUUGGGGACCAGAACCACCAAUCUCUGUGGUCUAAUAUUCCAUAG